GAUUAAUUAUGAAAGGAUUAAAUCAAGGAUUUGUGGGAUCCGUUUUUGGCCACAUGGAAAAAGACCGAGAAAAGAGAAGGGUGGCAGAGGCGCGAGCAGAGGAGAAGAACAGCGCAUAAUCGAAGAAGAAGAAGAGAGGAGAGUAUGGUGUGUUCCACGACUUGAACGCUGGCACGGCAAGGGAGGGGUCGACGCGAGCUGAAAGAGGAGGGAGGAGAACCCGAACCAGAGUGGUGGCCCGUGGACGCAAGAGGGAGCCCAAGAACUCGACGACGGCGUCCGUAGUAGGAGCUGGCAUCGAUGUAGCCAAAAAACAGAUGGGAGACAGUGUAGGUGCGAGGCCGCUGGGUUACCCUCCGAAACGACCAAGGGUACUCGCGACCCGCCACUGGCCUCCGAAUUGUGGGUCGAGAAGGGAUGGCGGAGCUAGCAGCGGCGGAGGUGGAGCUACAGCGACGAUGACCCCGGGAGAGACGCUGCCCGAGGAAGAGGAAGAGUACCCAGGAGAGGGUUUUGGCGAGGAAGUGGAGAAGGAAGGAGUGGGAGGGAAUGGCGACGCCACGGAAGAAGAAGAGUAGAAGGUAAACUCUCCUCCCACUGUUUUGGAAUUUAAUGACAUCGAAUUGGAAAUUUGAUGAAUAGUAAGGGGCGUAUAUGUCUUUUUGGAGUUGGGGCGAUUUGGUAAAAUUUAGGAAGUUUAGGCGCCGUAAAAUAAUUGACCAGGCUUGGGGUGAGUUCGCAAAGAGUAAAUAUUUGAGUAUCGGAUUGGAAAUAAGCCGUUUGGACUAGAAUGUUGAAAUUAGAAAGUGGGGAUUGGCCCGAGGGACUAAAUUGUGUAAUUCUGG